UUCCCGACGAGUUCUCGACUUUCGCUUCCAAAGAUCCCCUCUGUCCCAACAAUGGCCGCCAUAGUGGACUCCGCAACAACAGUCAAGCGCUUCAAAAACAUCCCCUACGGCUCGUCAGCAGUGGCGGACCCCAAGCAGCAUCUUGACAUAUACGUGCCUGUGUCAGACCUCGAGGACGACACCCGACCCGACGACGACGAUGCACAGAUAGGUCAAGGAGCAGUGAAAGCGAUACCGCCACAACCUGUGCUGGUGUAUAUACAUGGAGGGGCGUGGAGGACUGGGGAUAAGAACGACUAUGAGUAUCUCGGGGAGCACUUUGCCUCGGUGCAUAACCUACAUACCGUUGUCGUGGGAUACCGGCUUUCGUCGUUCGGCGCAAGUCAUUCGGGCCCGGCUGCUACGGCGACGGAUGAACCCACAACAGAGGCCAAAACCACGGCGUCAUCCAAAAAGUAUAUCAACCAACACCCAACGCACCUCCUAGACGUCACUCAUGCGCUGAAAUGGUUACAUGACAAGUCGGAGCCGUACUUCGGCUUCCAGCCAACAGGGUUUGUGCUGGUGGGACAUUCAUGCGGAGCCCACCUGGCGUCGCUGCUUCUCUUCCAACCUGAGUGGUUUGGGUGGACAGAGGUUGCAACGGAUGCGCGCCCGCUCGAUCUUGGCGCCAUCUCGGAAGAAGUCGUUGAGAACGCUUCAACACUUGCGCAGAAAGGGCAGCGACUUCAUGAAUCAAUUAAAGGCUGUGUCGGGGUGGAAGGCAUAUACGACAUCCCGACCCUUGCAUCCCAGUACCCUUCCUAUGUCGAUUUUAUAUCGCUGGCAUUUGGCGAUUCCCCUGAUGCGUGGCGACGGGCAUCGCCACAGCAUCUUCUCCCAUCAUCCGGUGUCGCGUUACCGCCGUAUCUAGUGGUUCACAGCCCGCAGGACGAGUUGAUGGAUUUACCCCAUUCCGAGCGGUUUGCUGACUAUUUGAGGACUUUGAACGGCGGCAAAGGGACGGUAGAGCUUGAAACCGGCGUAACUGGCAAGCAUUUCGAGAUGCUGAGAGAGAACGAGUUCUUUGAUGUCGUUGCGAGCUUUGUCAAACGCAUCACGGCCGAUAAUGUUCAGUAGAUUAGCAGCGUAUGUGCUUUCCACACACUUGCAUAUAUGUGCUUAUUCUGUUACGUUUCCAACAAUAUACAAAAAGUAGAGUCUCGUUGCCCAAACCAAAAAGAAUAUUUCGUGGGGUGUCAGAUUCAGGCGGAACUCAAGUCCGCUAUGCCUUCUGGGCCCUCCGCCUCGACUGAUUCGCCGCAGCCGUCCGUUGCCUGUAUCCCGCAAAGUCGGUUUCCGCUACGGUGAUUUCUUCCCAUUCGUCUUCGGCUUCGAGCGCGGAGUCGAGCGCACCUUU